CAAACCUGUUGUUUUUCUCGUGAAAAGAAGUGAAAAUUCGUGUAGACGGCCCAGAGUCCGCGAAUUUCACAGGAAUUCUAUUCGAAAAUACUUUUGUCUCUGGAAUAAAAAAAACUCGGUUUGGGGUGUGACUUGCUUGAUUAGUCAUCUAUUGGAAAAAAAAACAGCAGUAGCAUUACAAACAUGACUGAGCGUCAUACUUUUGGAGGUAACCUGAAUCCGAUUACAUGUCAUGCUUGGAACAAGGAUCGUACACAGAUUGCAAUUUCUCCCAAUAACAAUGAGGUGCACAUCUAUAAGCGAGAAGGAUCGGAGUGGAAGCUGCUGGAUGUAUUGAACCAGCAUGAUUUACGAGUGAUGGGUAUCGAUUGGGCGCCCAAUACUAAUCGAAUUGUUACAUGUGCGGUAGAUCGGAAUGCCUACGUCUGGACCCAAGGAGACGAUAAUAAGUGGAAACCAACAUUGGUCUUGCUGAGAAUCAACCGAGCUGCCACAUGUGUGCGCUGGUCUCCGCUGGAGAAUAAGUUUGCUGUCGGCUCCGGGGCUAGGUUGAUUUCGGUUUGCUAUUUUGAGUCGGAGAACGACUGGUGGGUUUCCAAGCACAUCAAGAAACCUAUUCGUUCAACGGUGACUUCUUUGGACUGGCACCCAAAUAAUAUGCUACUGGUUGCAGGGUCGACUGAUUAUAAGGUACGAGUAUUUUCCGCUUUCAUCAAGGACAUUGAACAACAUCCAGAACCGACGGCUUGGGGGCCCAAGAAACCUCUAGGUCAAAUGUUGGCUGAAUUUAAGAACUCGUCCACCGGUGGAGGGUGGGUUCACAGUGUAAGCUUCUCGUCCGAUGGAAAUCGUAUCUGUUGGGUUGGACAUGAUAGUGCAAUUAACAUUGCCGAAGCAAACGGAGGAAAUAUAGCUGUGAAACUCAAAACUGAGUAUCUUCCAUUCCUUUGUUGCGAGUGGAUUUCAGCGCAAUCGAUUCUUGUAGCAGGUCACAGUUGUGUUCCUCUAAUUUACACUAUCGAGGGAAAUAAAAUAGUCCUGUCUGCCAAGUUGGAUCAGUCUACGAAGAAGGAACAGGGUGGAAUUUCGGCCAUGAGAAUUUUCCAAUCACUGGAUCGAAACUCACGCACGGAAAAUUCUGAUACCAAUCUAGAAUCCAUUCAUCAAAACGCAAUCGCUUGCGUAUGCAUUUAUUCCGGCAACAAGGGCAGCGCCUCGCGCAUUAGUACUUCCGGUUUAGACGGGCAACUCGUAAUUUGGGACAUUAAUACACUGACCCGCUCAAUGCAAGGGCUGCGUAUUUAAGAUAGAGUGAACUAAGGAAGCAGUAUUCAGCAGCCAAAAGGUAACCAAAAAUGGUUUUCUUUAACUUUUUUGUGCUAUUGUUUCGAGUUCUAAUGCCCAUGGCAAUAUAGCCAGGGCGACACGAUAUAUGUCAUGAAUCAAUCCUUUGAUCGCUGUACUAGACGAUGAGGUUAAACUACAUGCAUUUAUCUAUGCAAUUCUUUGACCGAGAAAAAAUUCCAAUCAAUAAAUUCCAUUUUUUCCGGA